AUGCGGCUGCUCGGCGCCUUCCUGCGGCUGCUGGUGGCCGGGGCGCUGGGGGCGCCGCCCGCCCCGGCCCCGGAGGCGCGGGGGACGGCCAGCGCGGAGCCGCCCGUCCUGACCUUUCGGGAGAUCUGGAAUCGUAGUUUCUGCCGGCCUCUGGAGCAGCUGGUGGACGUCAUUACCGAGUUCCCCAACGAGGUGGAGUACAUUUUCAGACCUUCCUGCGUCUCCCUGCAGCGCUGCGGAGGCUGCUGUGGGGACGAGGGUCUCCGCUGUGUCCCCGUGGAGACAAGCACGGUCACCAUGCAGCUCCUGAAGAUAAAGCCAAAUGGGGAGGCACCCUAUGUGGAGAUGGCGUUCACCGAGCACAAGAAGUGCGAGUGCAGGCCCCGGCAGGACCUGAUGAGGUUGGGAAGGAGGAGGUCCAAGGGCCGAGGUAAGAGAAGACAAGACAAGAAGAGGCAUAAAGACUGUGAACUAUGUGGCACGCCACGCAGGUAGCCUCUGCUCUGCCCUGGCCUCGCUCCUGCCACCUGGGUUUGAGCCAGCUGCGUUUCCCUCCCGGCGUGGGGGACUUGCGGAGCCGUACCCCUCCAAGCAGCGGUGGGGAGCAGGACUCUGGCAGGGAAGAGCUGACUGGACUCUUGCUUGGCCCUGGCGGGAACGCAGCCUGGAACUGAGGACUCCCUUGCCCCGUCUGCACCGCCGGCAGCAGGACAAAAGGACCCAUGAGCAGGCCUGGGGCUGAAGAUGAGGAGCUCAAGCAGCGUGUUGGUGUUCGAGGGCAAUGAGGAGCGGAGCUGGUGGAUGUGCUGCUGGAGCUGGCUGGGGACAGCAUGUUGUGGGGGGCGAGCGGAGACAGCUCGGAGGGCUGCAGCUGCAAAACUGCUCUGUCCUGCCAGCACCCUGCAGCUGGGGAGGAAGGAAACCUGGGGCAGGCAAGGCUGCAGGGCUGUGUCUGUCCCAGCCUUGCCAUGGGGCAGCCCAGGAGGGUGCCAGGGAGCU